AUGUCUGCCAGAGGUUUCUCGUCCGCCCUGCGGCCCGCCGCCCGUCAAUUGACCAAGAACACCGUCCAGAGGCGCACUUUUGUCGCUGCCCUGAACGCUGCUUCGCGCACCUCGGCCGUCGCCCGCCCUGCUCUUGCUCGCCCCGUCCAGCAGCAGAUCCGUGGCGUCAAGACUGUUGACUUCGCUGGCCACAAGGAGACCGUCUUCGAGCGCGAUGACUGGCCCAAGGAGAAGCUCCUGGAGUACUUCAAGAACGACACCCUCGCCCUGAUCGGCUACGGUUCCCAGGGUCACGGCCAAGGUCUUAACCUCCGUGACAAUGGCCUGAACGUCAUCAUCGGUGUGCGAAAGAACGGCAAGUCCUGGAACGACGCCAUCCAGGAUGGCUGGGUCCCCGGCAAGAACCUGUUCGAGGUCGACGAGGCCAUCUCCCAGGGCACAAUCAUCAUGAACCUGCUGUCCGAUGCUGCCCAGUCCGAGACCUGGCCCCACCUGAAGCCUCAGAUCACCAAGGGAAAGGCGAGUCAUACCCUGCGAGCUAAGCACCGCAACCCGACCCUGUACUUCUCCCACGGUUUCUCCCCCGUCUUCAAGGACCUGACCAAGGUCGACGUCCCCAAGGACGUCGAUGUCAUCCUCGUCGCCCCCAAGGGCUCUGGCCGUACCGUGCGAUCCCUCUUCCGUGAGGGCCGUGGCAUCAACUCCUCCAUCGCCGUCUACCAGGACGUGACCGGCAAGGCCGAGGAGAAGGCCAUCGCCAUGGGUGUUGCCGUCGGCUCCGGAUACCUGUACAAGACCACCUUCGAGAAGGAGGUGUACUCCGACCUCUACGGAGAGCGUGGCUGCCUGAUGGGCGGUAUCCACGGCAUGUUCCUCGCCCAGUACGAGGUUCUCCGCGAGAACGGUCACUCGCCCAGCGAGGCCUUCAACGAGACCGUUGAGGAGGCCACCCAGUCUCUGUACCCCCUGAUCGGCGCCAACGGCAUGGACUGGAUGUACGAGGCCUGCUCCACGACCGCCCGCCGCGGCGCCAUCGACUGGUCGCCCCGCUUCAAGGACGCCCUCAAGCCCGUCUUCAACCAGCUCUACGAGUCCGUCAAGAACGGUGAGGAGACCAAACGCUCUCUCGACUACAACGGCCAGCCCGACUACCGUGAGAAGUUCGAGGCCGAGAUGGAGGAGAUCCGCAACCUGGAGAUCUGGCGCGCCGGCAAGGCCGUCCGUUCCCUGCGUCCUGAGAACCAGAAGUAA